AAUAGAGUUUUUUUGUUCUCUCCCCUAUACAUGUCUCGUUUAUGUGUACGUGUGUAUUUGUAUGUGCGUGUCGUGUGUGCAUGAGUAAAUGUAUCGUGUAAAAAUUUGUUUACGGUUUAAAUUGGUCAAAUUUUUUGAAUAAAAUUAAAAAGAGUAUACGUUUGCGGUAUAUGUGUGGAGAAGAAAAGAAAAACUAUAUAUAGAGAUUGUUGUUUUUGCUUUCCCAUUCUAUAUUGGCAAAAAAGCAAUAAAAGAGAAACCGCGUCAGAGACUUUUAGCCAACAUUGUCGUGAAACUUUUAUUGUAACAGAUAAUGAUCAUGUUGAGUGCUUCAACAUCAAAGAUAUUAAUAAGCGGCAUACCGCUGCAAACACGUUUCGAAGACAUCGAACCUCUUUUGAAGCCAUAUGGCAUCGUCAAACAGUGUGAGGCUGUCUCUAGUAAGGAUCCGCAAACUCAAACUGUUCACAUAACAUUCGAGAAUAAUGAACAGGCUCAAAGAGCUGCUGGUGGUCUGAACGGUGUAGAAUUUGAAGGCAAUAAAUUGCACGCCGAACCUUUGGAUAAGAAUCAACGUCGCACUCAACGUAAUCAACGCAACCCAUAUCCCGGUAUGCCUGGUCCCGGUCGCCAAGCCGACUUCCCUUUGCGCAUACUGGUGCAAAGUGAAAUGGUCGGUGCCAUUAUAGGACGUCAGGGUAGCACCAUACGUACGAUAACACAACAAUCGCGCGCCCGUGUUGAUGUUCAUCGUAAAGAAAACGUUGGUUCUCUGGAGAAAGCCAUCACUAUAUAUGGCAAUCCCGAAAACUGUACAAAUGCAUGCAAGCGCAUAUUAGAAGUAAUGCAACAAGAAGCAAAUGCCACGAAUAAGGGCGAAAUUUGCCUAAAAAUACUGGCACACAACAAUUUAAUUGGUCGCAUUAUUGGAAAAAGUGGCAACACCAUUAAGCGCAUUAUGCAAGAGACAGAUACCAAAAUAACAGUUAGUUCCAUUAAUGAUAUAAGCAGCUUCAAUUUGGAGCGCAUAAUAACGGUUAAAGGACAAAUUGAUAAUAUGUCACGGGCUGAAAAUCAAAUCAGUUCGAAGUUGCGGCAGAGCUAUGAAAAUGAUUUACAAGCAAUGGCACCGCAAAGCGUUAUGUUUCCUGGUUUACACCCAAUGGCCAUGAUGUCUACACCGGGUAACGGUAUGGUAUUUAAUCCUAGUAUGCCUUACGCAACCUGCCCCGGUUUUCCAAUGUCGAAAGCAACAACUACGGUUGUACCCCCAGUUUUUUCUAAUGACAUGCAAGAAACUACGUAUCUAUAUAUACCGAAUAAUGCUGUGGGGGCCAUAAUCGGAACAAAAGGCUCACAUAUACGUAGUAUAAUGCGCUUCUCGAAUGCUUCGUUGAAAAUUGCACCGCUGGAUAGUGAUAAGCCACUGGAACAGCAAACUGAACGUAAAGUAACAAUUGUAGGUACACCGGAAGGGCAGUGGAAGGCGCAAUAUAUGAUAUUUGAGAAAAUGCGUGAAGAAGGUUUCAUGUGUGGCACAGAUGAUGUGCGAUUGACGGUAGAAAUUUUAGUGGCCAGCUCGCAAGUGGGACGUAUUAUUGGUAAAGGAGGACAAAAUGUACGCGAACUGCAACGCGUUACUGGUAGUGUGAUCAAAUUGCCCGAACAUGCGCUGGCGCCAGCAUCGGGUGGUGAUGAAGAAACACCUGUACACAUAAUUGGUCCAUUUUACAGUGUACAGUCUGCUCAGCGGCGUAUCAGAGCCAUGAUGUUGUCUACCAAUCCUCCGCCGGUGACCAAAAAACAAAAAGCUGCCAAAGAACAACAACAACAACAACAACAACAACAACAGCUAGCAGCUGCAGCAGCUGCCGCUACCGCUGCUGUAGCAACAACACAACAGCAGCAGCAACAACAACAACAAUCACAACAACAACCACAGCUAACAACGCAGCAGCAACAACAACAGGGUGCGAGUUCAAGUCAGUAAGAAAGCAACGUGUGUAUGUGUGUGUGUUAAAGCAUUUACUACUAAACCCUAAUUUUUUUUUUUAUAUAUCAUUUCAUUAAUAUUAAAAUACCUUUUGUUUAAACUUAUAACUACAACAAGAACAAAACAAAUUUUAUAAGGUGAAACAAAAAACACAACCAUACCACGCUCUCGUUGUUCUCACAUUAUGCAGUAAGAAGUAAUGCCUAUAAUCACUUCCGUCAACCUCGUCUGCUUUCAUUUUUGAUUUUGUUUUGUACGCAUCAUAAAGUCCUCGACAUAUUUCCACGAAGCCGCCCCAAACACUACCUCUAAAAAUCCCCACCACUCCACUUUUAUAGCUACCUAAAGCUAGUUAACACCCCACACAACACCGCUUAGAUAUGGCGUGUGUCUGUGUUACCUUUUGUUUCUUUCGUUUACAUACAAAAAAUUUUCCUAUACUUUAAAAAAAAAAAAAAAAAAAAAAAAAAAAAAAAAAUUUCAACAUUCUUUUAUAUUAUCUGAGGAGGUAAAUUUUUGGAAAAGCUAUAAAAAUAAAAACUAAAUAAUAACUAAUGAACAACAAAAUUCUGAUGAAUCGUGAAAAUUGAAAUUCUAAAAAUCUAACAAAAAUAAAAUGACAGCACUGAGUUAUAAAAUAAAUAAAAAAUAAUAGUAAUACUAUGGGCAGCCGUUUAAUGAUAAAUAGUAAGCUAAACGAGAAUAGCUUCAAUUAAUAACAAAAAACUAUGAUUUAAAAAAAUCUAAAUAUUCGUAAAACUAUGCAUUUAAAAUUCUUAAAGAUAUAAGUUAAAGGAAAAACACUAAGUAAGAUCACUGGAAACCAAUUUUUCGUUUGCUUAAAAAAAUCAAAUUACAAGGAUAGCGAAGUCUCUUUCCUUUUUAAUAAAAAUUAAAUAAUACAUACCCA